AUGGAUUUCUGCCAACAGUACCCCAAUGUUAUUCCAUAUCCUGAAAAGAAACCUUUUGGUCCUUCUUUCCUUCAUAGUACCAUGAAAUGGGUUUUCUUUACCGGGGCUCGUAUGCAACUUAAAGGAUGGCAAACGCCUCUUUGGCUGUUUAUGGAUAUGCCUCCUUGGUGUGACCCUGAGAUGAGCAGGCAUUUGCCUGAGUUCCCAAAGGAACCUCAAUGGAACGUGAUCAUUACGGAAAACGACAUACCUGAUGGGGAUCCUUUCAUCUCGGAGAUGUCUGAUGGCGUCCAGGAACAACAGUAUAUUAUGCCUGCCGAUAACCACCCGUCUAUUCCUCCUAACCGCCGAUUUUCACGUAUGACCCAUCCAGGAUUCCCAGUACGUCGAGACACCCCCUUGUACCAGAUGCUCCGGCAGUUGGUUCCCACCGUGACCAAUAGCCCUCCGCAGCCGUUCCCAGAUGGUUCAGUUCAAGCCCAGGCGGGAUCAAGUGGUUCUGACAUCGAAAAUGAUAUUCUUAUCGUCGGAGGAAUAAAAGUCACAGACGACAACGCUCAAGAUCUCCUUCCUCUUGAAGCUCGCCUUUUUGUUGGAAAUCUACCAAGUGCUCUUGAUCCACCUCAGAUGGAGUUCGAGCUCAAGAGUAUGCUUGGUGAAUACGGACGUUGUUAUGUCAAAGUGAAGACGAACCCUAAUUCUGGUUUGAGAACCGCCUUUGUGCAAUUCGAGACACCGGAGGUUGCGAAUCAAGUCUUUCAAAUGAAAAAUGGUCAAGAAUCGGUAUUCAACCUGCAGCAACGCACUCUCCGGUUCGAGAUGGCGAAAGGAAGAAGGAGUGCACCCAUUGGCAUAUAUUCCUCCGAAGCCCCUCAACCAGUCCAAAGGCCCACACAAGAAGCCAUUGAGGGCAUAGUAGAGCCGACCCAUGAAAUGAACGGCGGUCACGACGAGCCCGUACAUGAGAUGAACGGCCAGGGUAGCGUUGAUCUCACCCAUAUGAUGAACGGUGCGACCAGCGGCGAGCCCGCACUUAUAAUGAACGGCGAUGCCAGCGGUGACCCCGCAAUGAAUGGCGAGCGCAGCAUCGAGCACGCAAAUAAUAUGAACGGCGAGAGUACAGUUGAGCUCCCGCAAGACAAUACCGAAGCGAUCCCCGAAAGCAACGAGCCAGCUGAUGAAUCAAAUGAGAGGUUCUAUAACGCACAUGCCAGCGGCACCCGCUCAGCUCCGUGCCUAUCUCCCGUAAGGGGAGUCUGUGUAAUCGCCCCGGAGCAGCGCCUAGAUGAUUUCAUGUUAUAA